GGUCUCCGAUCAGUUGAAAAUAUUAACCUGUUGAACAACGUCGCGGAGCAGAGAAUUAUUCGCAAUGUGGGAGAUAACUUUGAGUUUGGGACUGCUAUUAGUGGGUCUUUUUUACGUGCUGAUGACCUGGAAUUUUGCUUAUUGGCGCAAACGGGGAGUUCCCGGUCCCAAGCCUCAACUAUUUACUGGAAACUAUCCGCACAUGUACAAUAUGAAGAAACAUAUGAUCUGUGAUAUCGAUAAUAUUUAUCGUGAAUAUAAGGAAAAGUAUGAUGCUGUUGGCAUUUAUGGAGCAAGAACCCCACAGUUGUUGAUUAUUAAUCCCGGCUUAGCGAGACGUGUCUUUGUCUCGGACUUUAAGUACUUCCAUGACAACGAUGUGUCUGUUUUGGUCAAAGAAAAGGAUGACUUUAUGUUUGCCAACAAUCCUUUCUCGCUUGCCGGCGAUGUGUGGAAGCAGCGUCGAGCUGACAUUACUCCUGGUCUAGCCCCAAGUAGAAUCAAGGCUGUCUACCCAGUUACCAAGGAGGUUUGCUGGAAGCUAACUGAUUGGCUGACCAAGCAGCUGCGUCUCGGAGCACCUGAAGGCAUCAACGCCAAGGAUAUGUGCCUAAACUUUACCUCCGAAAUGGUAACAGACUGUGUGUUGGGUCUGAAGGCGGAAAGCUUCUCGGACAAUCCCACGCCCAUCAUGGGCCACAUCAAAGAUCUCUUUCUGCAGCCCUGGACUUUCCUGGUGAACUUUUUGCUAAUCACCACGUUCCCAAUGCUGCGGCCCUUCUUCAAGCUGCGCUUCAUAGCCGUGAAAACCGAACGUUUCUUUGUGGGCCUAAUGCAGGCUGCUAUUGAUGCUCGCCGUGCCCAGCAGGCUGCCAACGCAAAGUUUGAGCGCCAGGACUUCCUUGACUAUCUCAUACAGCUGGGCAAGAAAAAGAAUCUGGACACACGUCAUCUGACCGCCCACACAAUGACCUUUCUACUGGAUGGCUUCGAGACAACAGCUGGCGUCUUGAGUCAUUUGCUGUUGCUGCUCGGACGUGAUGAGCAGGUGCAGCAACGCCUGCGAGAGGAGCUUGUGGCUCAUCUUAAUGCUGAAGGCGUUAUCGAGUUUGACAAGUUGAACGAACUGCCCUUUUUGGAUGCAUGUGUUCAGGAGAGCAUUCGAAUCUUUCCACCCGGUUUCGUAUCGAAUAAAGUGUGCACUGAGUCAAUCGAACUGCCAAAUAAGACUGGAGAGAACUUUACUGUGGAACGUGGCACAACUGUGAUUGUGCCACACUACUGCUAUAUGAUGGAUGAGGAUAAUUUUCCCAAUCCCGAAACAUUCCAACCCGAUCGGUUUAUGCAGCCUGAUGCGUUGAAAACGUUUCGCGAACGCGGCGUCUACAUGGGCUUUGGUGAUGGUCCGCGCAUUUGUCUAGGCAUGCGCUUUGGUCUCGCCCAGAUCAAAGCAGCUGUUGUUGAGUUGAUCACCAAGUUCGAUGUACGCGUCAAUCCCAAGACUCGCAAGGACAACAUGUUUGAACCCUCAUCCCUCCUCACUUCGCUGGAAGGCGGUAUCUAUUUGGACUUUAAGGCUCGUCAAUAUAGAAAUGAAGCGUUGUAGAUUAGAUAAAACAUCAAUGAAUGGGCCACAUUUACGCACAAUGAUAAGCUGUUUGUUUUUUUGUUAUCAAAAUGGGGGCAGGUUUUCAUCUAUCUAGCUACAAUGGGCAAAAUACGUUUAAGUACGAAAAUAAACUAAUUCGAAACAAUAUAAGUAAA